AUGGCAAAACGUACGUUCGACGCGUGGGAGUUGCUUCAAAAUGUCACCCAACAAACUCUAGCUGCUCGAUGCGUAAGCAACGGGCAGGAUGUAAUCUUGUGUGGUGGUCGGUGGAUGGUAUAUCUGCCUGGAGUUGUCGGAAUUGCAGCAACAGCGGCUUCUCCCCAAAUCCUCCUCACUCCCGUGCCGUGCGUAGAUUCCGAAUCGGCGGCGGGAUGGCCGGCGGCGCGGUGCCGGCCGUCAUCGAGCACCAGCCCUCGUCCGCUGUCGCGGCCGCAUGGCGCCCGGGAAGUCUCCUCGCCGCCGAUCUCGGAGGAGCUCCUGCUGGACAUCUUCCGCCGCAUUCCGGACCCGGCCGACCUCGUCCUCACCUCCGCCGCCUGCGUCACAUUCCGCCGCCUCAUCACCGACCGCUCCUUCCUCCGGCACUACCGCGCCCGCAGGCUCCACGCCCCGCCCCUCCUCGGCUUCCUCCGGUACAGUGACAAUGCGUUCCACCCUGCGGCCCCGCCUUACCCCUCCGCGCCGGCGGCCAGGGCCGUCGCCCUCGCAGGCGACCUCUCCUUCUCCUUCGUCCCCGCCCCCGUCCCCGCUCACCGCUGGGUCGUCCGCGUCCUCCUUGAAGCAACCCCCCGGGAAGACAUCCGGGUUGUCUUCACAGAGUUGGCGGUGUGCGACCCGUUGCACCGGCGGUAUCUCCUGCUUCCCCCAAUCCCUGGUGACCUAGCAGCUACCGUCGAGUACCCACUCCUGCGAGCACGGCCGCAUUUCAGCCACACUUUCCUCGCCCCGGGAGGCGACGGCAACGAGGUAGCAACUGCUCAAGAGACGUCAUUCAGACUCAUCUGGAUGGUCCAGUGCGAAGCUAAGAUCGUAGCCUUGGUCUUCUCUUCCAGCACUGGGCAAUGGCGAGCCAUUUCAUCCCAGAGUUGGGCCAAUUUGUUAGUUGGCUUCGUAGCAUCAUCGACUUGGAGGGGAAGAGCACUCUUCUACGUACGGGCGACAAUGUACUGGCGACUACUUUUACUGGAUGCCAAAUAUUCAGUACGAUAUGAAAAUGCUGGUGCUUGACACACUGAGGAUGGAGUUCUCCAUUGCUGAACUCCCAGCUGAAGCCAGGAAUUCGUUAUCUGUUUGUAUAACUAUGCUGGAGACAGGAGAAGGCGGUCGUAGAAUGCUUGUCGGUACCUAUGACAUGACUUACAUCAAUCCUACCAUUUGGAGGAAAAAUGGUGGGAGCUCCAGCCAGUGGCAGAAGGAGAAGAUAUUCUCACUCUCACCGGGCUCUUGGGACAUGCUCAGAUGUUCAAUUGGGAAGUAUUUGCUCCUGGAUCACUUCAGAAGCUCGUCGCUCGAGAAAGGCUUAUACACAGUGGAUAAACAGCUUUUUUGGUCAAGCUAACGGAGAAGGAUUACAAGAUUGAAAUUAUGCCCAUCCUUGGAAACAUUCUUUCAUGGUAGGAGCCGGUUUGUCUCUUUUCAUUGACAUAAUGAGACAGAAAAGUCACCUUUCUUCAUCUGCACACCUAUACAUUUAUCUCAUUAUGUUGACUUCAGAUAAGAUAUCAGGAGCCAUAGCUUCUAUGGUUGCAAAUAAAAACCAAAGUAGUUGUUACCACUAA